AUGUCUCAAAAUUUAACUUAUAAAUCACAAGAAGACAUCAAAUUUGAUGAAGAUUUAGAAAAAAUAUUAGAUAAGUUCAUAAUUAAGUUGUGUUGUGCUUUAUUUAUGGACUUUUUAGGAUUAUUGCUGAUGUUUUUGGUAUUAGAUUUCUCAUUUUCAACUUAUAUUUUUGGAUUCAGUUUAGUAAAUACAAUAUUUGAAUUUCUGAAAAUUAAUGAUAUUAGAUAUCCAUUAAGGGGAAUAGUAGGAGUUGCUUUAAUAGUUUUAGCAAUAAUUGGAUUUAAUAUUAUAGGUUCAAUUUUAGCUGGAAUUAAAAACAGAAAAAAUCCAUUAAUUUAUAUUAAGGGUGCAUUCAAUAGAUAUGUGGGAAAAAUAAAAGAAGCAAAAUUUAAAAGAAAUUGAUAUAGU